CGGGGCGCCUCGUGCUGGGUUACCCGGGGCGGGGGAGCGGGCGCGCGUGAGCGAGCGAGCUCGGGGAUGCUCCCGGGAGCGCGCGGCUCGUUGCAAGGAGCGGCGCCGCUACCCAGACCCAGCUUAAGGUGGCGAGGCGGGACCAGCCACAGCGGCUUAGCGAGGCGCAUCUGCUAUUUUCCCCGAGAAACUGCUGGCUCCGAGAAGAUGAGUAUUUGAAGCGAGGCGUUUUGCUUUACCACGCGUGUAAUUACCCGGCAGCAUCUUAAUCAACUGGACCAAUCGCCACUUCUCGAUAUUUCUGACUUGCAGGCGAAUAUGGGUUUGUAGCCUUUCUCACUCGAUCAGGUCUUACUCUAGCUGUUGUGCAAAUAGCUGUCAAGGUAUAACCAUCCACGAUGACACCUUACAGCUGGCAGGUUUGCUUCCUGCAGAUAGUAUGUACCUUCACUCUUACUGGAGCUGUAUCUCUUCAUCACGAACAACCAAAGGUGCUACUGGUGUCAUUUGAUGGUUUUCGUUGGGAUUACAUCCACAAAGUUCCAACACCAAACUUCCAUUAUGUCAUGGAAAAUGGUAUUCAUGUAAAUCGGGUUACAAAUAUUUUCAUCACAAAAACUCUUCCGAACCACUAUUCUCUUAUAACCGGCCUGUACGCUGAGAGCCACGGAAUUGUAGCUAAUGAAAUGUAUGAUAAGGUUUUAAAUAAAUCUUUCUCUAUGGAGGGAAUGGAAAUGUUUGAUCCAGUUUGGUGGGAGAAGGCCUAUCCACUUUGGAUAACAAACCAGAUGCAAGGCCAUCAGAGUGGAACAGUAAUGUGGCCUGGUACCGACGUUCAAAUACAUGGCAUGUACCCAACUCACUACAUGAAGUAUAAUAUUACUGUUUCAUUUGAAGAUCGAGUGGAUCAACUGAUUGAAUGGUUCAGAGGAAUAGAACCUGUUAAUUUUGGCCUCCUGUACUGGGAGGAGCCUGACCUUUCAGGUCAUAAUUUGGGGCCAGAUAAUCCUCUCAUGGACAGGAUCAUUGCAGAUGUUGAUCUAAAGCUUGGUUAUCUGAUAGCAGAAAUUCAGAAAGCGGGACUGUGGAACACAAUCAACCUGAUAGUCACAAGUGACCAUGGGAUGACUCAGUGUUCUAGAGAGCGAAUUAUUGAAUUGGACCAAUAUGUAGAUUGUGAGCUGUACACAUGGAUUGACUUCACACCAGUCUCCGCUAUUUUGCCCAAGAAAGGCAAGCACAAUGACGUGUAUAAUGCAUUGGUGAAUGCUCACCCCAACAUGACAGUCUACAAGAAAGAAGAUAUUCCAGAUCAUUUUCAUUACAAACACAGUGACAGAAUUCAGCCAAUUUUACUUGUGGCAGAUGAAGGCUGGACCAUCAACCAAAACAAAACAUUUGGAAAAUUUACAUUGGGUGAUCAUGGAUAUGAUAACAGGAUAAAGAGCAUGCAACCAAUAUUGAUUGCCCAUGGCCCUGCUUUCAAGAAGAAUUUCAGCAUGGAAUCCAUAAGCAGUGUUGACCUCUAUCCGUUACUCUGUCACCUCUUGGGAAUUGACCCACUGCCAAAUAAUGGCACCUUUAAAAAUAUUCAGAAAUUAUUAGUUUCUGUAAGAGUGAUCACAGCUGGAAUUUCAAUAAUGGACAUUGAGUCCCAAAAUGGAUUAAACAUGUAUGCAUGGCCAGGUAUUCUUCUUGGAAGUAUUUUAGUUGUUGGAUUUUUAAUCGUAUUUGUCCAGAAAAUGACAAAAAGCCAGAUGUCGGGAUUGAAUGUUUACCAAGGUGAGAUGGCUCAACCCUUACUGCUGAGUUAAAUCCAGGACUGUUAUCUGUAUCUUAAUAUUUGAAUGUGCUAUCUGUUAUUUGGCUUUUAUUUUCUCAAAAUUCAAUUAAUCCAGUUAUGUGAUCCUAACUUUACAAGUCAAUGAUGAUUUCUGUUGGUGAAUUCCAGAUGUUUUCACAAAGAAGCUUUGGAUAGACACUGCACUGCAGCAAUGAGUACUUUUAACAUAUAAGUGAUGUGCACAAGUGAUGUAACAUUUCAGAAUAAAUAACUAUAAUAUUGUUACAGGAUUCUGGUGAGGAUAUGUCAAGAAAUAAUUGUUAAAAAUAUUAUGUUCUAAAUAUAAUUAUGAAUGCAAAUCCAUACUAUAAUCUUGUGGGGAAUUGCAACCCAAAACAACAUGUCAUACGUAAAAUGCUUAUAGAUCUUGCAAUGUUACGAAGAAAAAUAUCUCUCUAGUUUCAAGCUACAUCAUCUUAUUAAAUAAUCUACCUAAACAGUCUUUUAGUAUUUGUUUAAAUUGCCAUGCAUUGAGUAGUGCAAGGAUGACUGAGAAGGGAGAGUAAAUGACUAAUCCUAGUUUUUUAUUAACUACCAGUCAAUGCAGAACAAGUUUUGAAGCAAAUAUAAUGCUAAUCUAAUGAAUGUUCACAAACCAUACAGACCACAAACUUGGUACCAUCUGUUGGGUAUAAUGAUUUGUGCGCUGCACUGACAUGGCCUUCAUUUUUCACAAUGGUACCUUUUCUCUCUUGUUUCCUGAAAGCCAAUGAUUCUUUAUCAUAAAAUUAGAUGGGUCGAUGAGAUAAGAAACAACACUUCUCACAAGAUUUUAUUGCAUUAUGCGAUCAGUAAUGAGUUGGAAAGAACUGCUGAUGCUGGUUUAAAUCGAAGGUAGACACAAAAUGCUGGAGUAACUCAGCGGGACAGGCAGCAUCUCUGGAGAGAAGGAAUGGGUGACGUUUUGCGUCGAGACCCUUCUUCAGUAAUGAGUUUAUCUAUUGCAGCAUUAAUCAGCAUUUCAAGGCUACCACCCGUUAUGUUUGCCAUACUGCUUUAUCUCAUUUAUAGUUAUUUUAAAACCCUGUUCUGUAGGAUUCUGUUUUUUUUUUAAAUGAUUAUUUACUGCCUAUUAUUUGUUGGUUCUCUGGCUGUGGCCCUAAAAAAACUCUUGGGUUGUUUUCCUUUGUUCCUGGUAUUUUCUGUAAGUGAUGAUGGACGUAUGGUGUUUCUCACAGCUCCUUUUUGUAGUGAUAUGUACCACAUGUACUCUUGCUGUGCAAACUUCAACAUUUAAAAUUCUGCUGGUAUGUCUACUUCCAUACCAACAGGUUUAUCAGCAAAGUUGUAACACGUGGCGUAUAAAGAACAUGGUCCAUAUGGUUAGAAAGUUGGCUAAGUAACAGGCAUCAGAGGAACAGGGUGAAUUGUUUUUUAGAUUGGCGGAAGAUGUCAAUCUCGGGGUUUGCUGAAUCUUUUUGGCCAGUGGUAAUACUCACUCCUUGUUUAGUGGCAUUUCCCUUGUACAAGAAUUUGUGCAAGAAUUGUUUUUUUCAUUUCUAUUGAUGACCAGGAUUGGAGUGUGCCAGCAACAUAUGACACAAUUUGGCAGCAUUGUGAACUAUGAAAACAAUAGUGAUCGAUUGCUACACAUUAUCAGUAGAUAGUGAAAUGAGCAGAUACUUGGCAGAUGAACAUUAACGCCGAGAAAGAUGAGAUCAGUGCUUUGUUUUGUUAUGGUGGCUCAUCGGCACCAGAUUAAUACCUGGAUUGAUGUACAGCAGCCAAUAGCAUCGUGUAAACUGUUAGAAGCGAGUUGUCCACAAAAAAAGCACUGGAUGAGAUGAUGUAUUUUUAGGAUACUGUUCCAAGACGAGUGUAGAAACAGAGAGACCUGUGGGCAGUUGUGUACAAAGUAUUGAAAGUGGCAAACAUAAGAGAGUGCAGAUGCUGGAAUCUUAAGUAAAA